AAGGAUAAUAUACACUACAGUCUGAUUGGUCGUCGGUGGUUUCAGCUGAUGGCAGUUGUCGUCGAACCUUUGAUGGCAUAACACGUAUCGGAAAAAGCCCUUCGGAAUAGACAAAGCUUGAAAGUGGUAUAUUUUCUUUGUUGUAUGUUGAUAGUUGCUUUGACAUCAUAUGCUCUCUGAUUGCUCCCAACAUUUCCAGCUGUCUGGGAAAAGUGAUGGUUAACUGCAAGUGGCCAAAGUAUCCCGAAGAUAACAUCAACAAAUAAACUUCUCUCGGAAUAACCAUAGUUACGAGCAAGCAAUGAAUGACACCGUUAUUGUGGAUAUAGUGUGCAGUUGAUUUCCAAUGAUACAAUAAUCUUGAUGAAGUUUUGUUUAUUCAAAUCUACAUAGUUGUCUAUAGUGCUAUCGUUUAAAUAUAUCUAUUGUGAACCUUUAGAAUGAAAAUAAUCUGAGUGCUGUGUGUAAUUGAACUUUGAUUGGAUUAAGACAUUCAUCUUUGACUUCAAGUAACAGAUCAAGAUGACUCCACAGCUCAAGCUCAACUUGUUUCUAUACGUCGCCUUCCUGCUCCUGACUAAAUCACUAGGAGAAAACACAACAACGAUAACCGCCUCUACAGAGCAAAGUUCGCCUGAAACAACACAAUCAACCACGGCACAACAAACACAGUCAACGACACACCAGGUGCACCUGGUGUCAACAUCGACACAACCCUCAGCUAGCACAAGCACAUUGACCUCAUCAACCGGAGCGACUUCAACGUCCACCACAGUGUCUGCUUCGGCGUCUUCAGCAAUGCCAACAUUACCGCCAACAUACAUAUCAAGCAUUUCAACGAUAUCACAAAUUCCAUCGCUGUCGCCAUCCUCUAUGACGACGAAGCAGGAAUCCCUCGACCCAAUUCCUGUGGAACCAAUCGAAAUUGGACCAGGCGGUCCAGACCAGAAAGAAAGUCUCGCCAUACAGAAAGCCAUCGAUUGGCUGCGAGAGAAGCGCCUUCCCGAUUACAGUUGGGGUAACGAUACGCACAUGGUCAUUUUGGCUAAGGAGUUGUCAGGACCUCGGGGCUCUGACGACAAUGAUAAUAAUGUUCAGGAAAUAACCGACCUGGAGAAUAUGUUGUCGGUUAAACAGAUGGAAAUCGAAGUGCUUACAAUGGUUGACAGACACCAUGCAAUGCCCAAACCGGUGAACACCGAUCGCAUUGCCAAAUACAUUUUAGCCAUGGGAGCGCUGUGUAAGGAUGCUCGACAUUUCUACGGGCAUGACUUGGUUGCUACUCUGGAGCACCACGAGCACGAAGAAGGUCAAGAGUACGAGUUUGCUCUAACAGCCUUGGCAGUGUGCAGUUCAGCAACACAUGUUCGAAAACGGCAGAUACGGCGAUUGCUGGACAUUGCCAGUGGCGAGGUAAACGAUGUGGAUACAAUUGCCAUGGUUCUAUUGGCUCUGCGGUGUAUUGUGACGGACCACCGUCAUCGGCAUUUGCAACACUUCAUACGGCGACCUGCACGUGGCCUCGCCAGCCUUCAGGGGCCACAGGGCAGCUUCGGAUUGCUGAGAAGUACGGCGCUCGCCAUGCAAGCCUUGCAAGACUUGGAACCUGACCCAGCUGGAAAAUGGAAUCGAUCGGCAGCGUCAGAGUGGAUGUUAUCCAAACAACGAUUGGACGGUUGCUGGACGGAAGAGCCAUUACAGGAUGGUCAGGAUGCCACCAUUGGUAUUGGACUGACAGCUGAUAUAAUCCUCGCACUUGGGUGGAAAGGUUUAGGCGCCGUCCGUGCCCUGCAGUGCGAUCACGUGAUACGAGAUAACUCGAACGAUAACUAUUACGAAAAUGGUGACCAAAAGUUGGCCGCCCCGGUUGGUUUAACGUCGUCUGUGGAAGAGGCUGAACCGAAGAAUGUGUCCUAUACUUACACGCUCUGGGUGGAUACCAAUGUUACUCAAGAGUAUUCCCUAGACCUCACUUCACCGAAAAACACCACAUUUUUCCAAGCCAUGAAACAAGCUAAGGAGAUAGAUCCCAAGUUCGAAUUUGAGGCACGAGAGUGGCCCAACGGACAUUACGUGCACACGCUAGCUGAAAUGAAAGAGGAGCCAAAAAGCUACCACUACUGGUUGCUGUACCGAUUACCAGAGAAACCGGACACGAAGAAUCCUCCUGGCAAUCAGUUAAUCGCACCUUUAGGCGUUGAUGAACUUCUCGUGGAGGAUGGCGAACAUUAUCUCUACUGGUAUAAAAAACUUUAAAACGUUUUACCGAAGCUCAACCCAGAGGAGUCACUUUGCUUCAAGCGGCAUGCUGUUCGGAGGGAAAUGUUUACU